AUGGAAGACGGCGCGACCAUUGGACAGUGGAACAAUAGAGAAAAAAUGCCAAGUGAAUUGGAAGAUUCCGUAAAGGGAUCUGUGCCGAGUCCAAGAGGGAGUUCCGUUGGUUUCUUAACUCCAACACCAGACGGUACACAAAGUGCAAAUAUGGCAGUCCCUAAACGACCCUCAGAUCCAAACAAAUCCAACAGUCGAAACAGUAAAGAUAAGAAUGUACAGAAAUUGCCACUUAUUUUAAACAAACGUGAUAAAGUGAACAGUCCACCCGUUGGCCCUGCAGCCCCCGCAGCACCUGCAGCCGCAACGACGCCAACAACAACAACAACAACAACAACAACAACAACCAAAACAACAACAAACACAACAGUGCCUGUCGCCGCUGCUGCUGCUACCAGCACCCACACCGCAGCCACAGGAGGAGCAACGGCCGCUGCCAAACCACGCGGGAAGUCUCAAUCGCGAAAGCCGCGAAAGGUCAGCACCUCCCGCUCCUCCACGCCGGGCCGCCGCGGCAAACGCCCGUCGCCCGCCAGCAGCCGCCCGUCCAGCAGCUCGAAGAGCCCGCAGAAACGCCGCGCCUCCCGCUCCGCGAGUACGUCCCGUUCGCGCGGGGGGUCGCGCAGUUCGUCGGCGGCCUCCUCGCGGCGGGUCUCCGGCCGGGGGCGGCCCCGCAGCGGCGGGCGGAAGGGGUCGGCGAAGGGCCGCAAGUCCCUGAAGGGCCGGAAGGGCACCCGGAAGGGAUCCGUCUCCUCGCGGCGUAGCACCAAAGGGGCGGGGGACGCAACCGCCCUGUACACACUAGCGGCCGCAGAGGAGGCAGCCCGAUCAGUUCUCAUGGAAGAAGAAGAAAAAGGACGUGAUGCGCUUUUGCCGGAUUAUCAUUUACUGGUUAUGCAUGUUGUGCGUACGCAGGUACGAGAGGUGAAUCGACGACAGCAGCAAUUGAAUGAUGCCUUUAAGGCUUUACAGGCUCAUGGAAUUCAAUUAUCAUCGGGUCAAGAUCCUAACGCGGCAUUAGAGGCGAUGCGGGCGAAAAUGCAGGCAGAUGCUCAAAGACAAAUGGAGGAGCUUCGUGUUGAAAAUGCAACAUUACGUGGUUUACUGGAGGAGAAAAAAGUAGAACUGGAAGAGAAAGUUACAGAAGCUCAGAGUUUACGGGAUAAGAUAAGUCGUAGAUUGAUGCGAUUUGAAGUGGAAAAUGAAUCCCUAAAGGCGGAAGUACAAGCGGCAUUACAAACAAAUCAACUGGAUGUAGAUCGCAUGAAGCGUGAACUUGCCCACCGCCUUGAUGUGGCUACUGCAUCUCUACGAACCCCAAAAUAUGAUACAGCGUUAAGAUCUAUGCAAGAACUUGCGCAAAGUGUGCAAGAGGAAAUACAAGAACAUCAUGAUGUGUUAAGUAAACUUAUAGUCUCCAUAGCUGCACAAGAUACAUUUUUACGUGAUAGGAGUGAUUCCAUGCACAGUAAUUUUCCGACGAGAUAUCGUGAUGAGUUACGGAAGCUUGAUAAAGAUCAUCUUCUUAAUGUUUUGGAUGUUCUCUCAUUCCACGAUACCGUUGUAGAGACAGUUGGAAAAGCCCUCUAUGUGUUGCAAAAGUCAGAGCAUAGCACAAAUGUAUUUUGA